AUGCAACGCCUCGGCACUUUGAGACUGAUUGAUCCAAAACAAGGCGCCGUUCUUCCUUACGAGAUCUUUCUCAUGGUGGUCGAAGCCGUCAUCGACAACGCAGUGUCUCAAUCAUCGAUGAAACCCAGAAUCUUGAAGACCGCCUAUAUCCAUGAGGACUUCCCAGAUGAUUUCCCGGACAACGACCACGGCACCCAUCUCAUUGUCAAGUGGCCCACCGACCUUUUCAAUCGCUUCCAUCUCAUCCGCGACAUUCGUCAGGUCAACCGGCAAGCUCGAUGUUUGGUCGAGAACACGUUCUUUCAAAUUCCUGCGGCUUUGCAUGGCAAGCGGAUAUACGGAUGCCUGCCCGUCGUCAUGAUCUGGACGUGCCCUCAAGCUGACGCAUUCGCGUACCCAUCCAUCAACGAAUUCCCAGAGGACGAUCGAAUUUUCGGGCGUAUAGAGAACGUAACCAUGAAGGCGAUAAGUCUGGACGCGCAAGAAAUUGCCAAUUGCGUCCUGGCUUUGCCGAACUUGCGGUCCAUUUACCUGACGCCCAGCGAGACGUGGGCGCAGCGCCUCGACAACGAGCCUCACAACCAUGCUGAAGAUUUGCCACUCGACAUGAUUUCGUGGCCCGACCUAGAGCAUGUAGCAACUGUGCUUGGAACAGCUACGUCACAAGUUCUCUGGGACCGCAACAUUCGCGUCAUCUUCGCGACGCACGACGGCGAGCGUCUCGACCGCGCGUUCGAGCUGGUUCGUACAAUCGACGCUAAUCCACAGGCUGACGAGGGUGAUUGGGGCAUUCGAAUGAGGUUCUUCGAUCUUGAGUGUUAUUGCUAUUAUUACUCUACGGAUGAAGAAAUCGUCAACAACGCGGGCUGGGACAGGCUUCCAAUUGUAUGGCAUGACGGCGACUCCGACGAUAGCAGCGGCGGAGGUAUUUAG